AUGCCAAAAUUCUUCUGCGAUUAUUGCGAUGUCUACCUCACUCACGACUCGAUGAGUGUGCGUAAAGCUCAUAACAGUGGACGUAAUCACUUGCGCAAUGUUGUCGAUUACUAUCAACAAAUCGGUCACGAAAAAGCCCAAUCUGUAAUCGAUUCCAUCACAUCUUCCUAUGCCGCCGAAGGUCAAUCUUCUUCGAACCCUAUGCUCCACAAUCCAGCAGCUUCGGCACCUUUUCCACCUUUCCCACCAGCCAAUUUCCCUGGAGGCGUCCCACCACCUUUCCCUCCAUCAUCUGGUCCAGGCGGUAUGCCAUUCCCUCCGCCAGGCGCAAGAGGUUUCCCAAUGCCUCCUUUACCUGGACAACCUGGUGCACCACCUAUGCCACCAUUCCCGGGUAUGCCUGGUAUGCCUGCUGGAAUGCCAUUUCCUCCUCCAGGCGGCUUGCCACCUAAUUUCCAAUUCCCAGUUCCCCCACCAGGGGGCUUCCCAGGAAUGCCACCACCGGGUGGCCAAGGGUUUCCGGGCAUGCCUCCACCAGGGGGAAAUCGGGACGAGAGGAGAUAG